GAUUUUUGAAUGUACUGCAGGAUUCAUUGCUUGUUCCAGUAAUCGUUAUUUGAAAUUUUUAUUCUUUCGUCUCGAACCGUGAGACGUUGAGGUUGUUUGAUUAGGGUUUUUUUCUUGUUCUGAUUGUUUCCGACCAUUUGCGGAGGAAGAAAUCCGUUAUGGUAAAGAUUCUAAUCGAGGACUCGGACGAGAUUUGAGUAUUCUUGGAUGGCUUCAGCGCAGGUGCUGCCCAAUUCAGGAGCUUCUUCACGUAAAGGGCAUCUUGAAGCUGGGAAACGCCGGCUGGAGGAGUUUCGUAAGAAAAGGGCAGAAGGGCGUGCUAGAAAGCCUGCACCUACUGGUCAGCAACAAUCUAGUGAUCUUGGUGAACAUGACAAACAGCCACAAGAAAGUGAACGUAUAAGACUUGUUGACUCAGAUGGUGCUGUCACAUCUGAAAGAGAUAGUGUUUCUGGCUCCAAACUGUCUGGGUUUGUCACAGCGGGUGACACAAAAGGUGACCUGGAUUCUUCUAAUGGGACACAUGGUGAGCCUUCUGUUUCAGCCAAUAAUUAUGACGUAUUUUCUGCUCAUAGAGUUCCGGAGCCUGGAAAAGAUCAGGGUUCUAAGCACUGUGAUGGUUCAGGUCUUCCUGGAUCAAUAUAUGGUUAUUAUGAUCAGCACAAUGAAGAAAAGAGUGAGCUUGGUGCUUAUUCUGGAAAUCAAGGUGGAGUAAUGUCUGAGUUUACUAUGGAGCCAUCUGUUGCUCUUCAUCCAGGACAUGGUAUCCAAGAUAUCAAUAAGAACAGUCAUCAAUCUAGUUAUUAUUCCAUAGGUGAAGAUCAAUCAAAAGAAAAUGAGACAUUUUUGAUGGAAUAUAGAAUAAAAAAUUCUAGUAUGACACAACCUGGGAAGUUAGUUAGUGUUCGCACGGAGAGUGAUAUCUUGGGUUUUGCUAGCAAAUCAGGCAGUGGCAAUAUAUCCACCAUGUACGAAGAUUCUAUUCAUUCAAGGACCAACUCAAUAGAGUCUGCUCCUGAAGUUAAGCAAUCUGUCAAUGCUAGUGUGGAUUUUGACAGUGAAUCAAUGCUUAGCAGCUUUAAUAGUCAUCGCAAAAGUGUGGACAAUGCACCAUGGCAGAAAUCAGUGUCUCUAUCUACUGGUUAUGGUGUAGAUACGGGAAGUUUGUCCGAUCAUGUUUCACUACAUUCAGCCUUAGCUGAAACUGGCAGUCGGCGAUCUCGUCCAUCUUUCCUCGACUCUCUUAAUGUGCCCCGAGUCUCUUCUGAGUCUCACUUCCCAAACACGGAAUUGGAAAAAGCUGAGCCAUUUUUGUCGAUAAGUUCGAAAAUUCACAGUGUUGAUGGCCUGCGAUCAUUUAAUUCUCAGCCGCAACAUAUGGUAUCUGAAGCUUUGGGACCUACAGAUAAGUCAGGAACUCAAAAUUUCCUUAGUGGAUAUGAAGUACCUCCAGUGAGUAAUCCAGUUCAUGUUAGUAAUGAGGGGGAAGCGCUGAGGCAGAAUGUGAAGGAAAAUAGCAUUGAGAAGAAGAAGCCUGAGUUUCCUUUAUUGAAACAUGAUGAAGACUUCUCAGCUUUAGAACAGCAUAUUGAAGAUUUGACACAAGAAAAGUUCUCUUUGCAGCGAGCCCUGGAUGGUUCAAGAACUUUAGUAGAGUCAUUAGCUGUUGAAAAUUCAUCUCUGACUGAAAGCUAUAACCAGCAGGGAGCAGUUGUCAACCAACUAAAAUCUGACAUGGAAAGGUUACAGGAGGAAAUCAAGGCCCAGCUGCUGGAACUGGAGUCUGUCCAAAUGGAUUAUGCAAAUGCACAACUAGAAUGUAAUGCGGCAGAUGAACGAGCCAAAAUAUUGGCUUCUGAGGUCAUUGGUUUAGAAGAAAAGGCUCUCAGAUUGAGGUCAAAUGAGCUAAAGCUGGAGAAACAAUUGGAGAACUCAAAUGCUGAAAUUACUUCAUACAAAAAGAAAGUAUCUAGCCUGGAGAAAGAGCGUCAGGAUUUGCAGUCAACGAUAGAUUCUCUGCAAGAAGAGAAAAAGAUACUGCAAUCUAAACUACGAAAAGCAUCUACGGUUGAAAAGUCUGUCAAUGUCAGGAAGACACCCACUACUACAAAAGACGUGUCAACUUCUACAGAGGACAUAGGUGAUGACAUUUAUGCUUCAGUUAUUGGGGAAAAUAGUGGUGCUGACACAAGCACUUUCCACCUUGAAAUGCAAGACACUGCAUCUUUUCCCUUGAGAGGAAGCUCGACUUCCCCAUUGGUUCCUGAAAUUAUGCAAUUCCAUCCUUCAGCUUUGUCUGCGGCUAUCCCUCCAGAUCAGCUGAGAAUGGUUGACAACAUUAAUUCAUUGAUUUCAGAGCUCGCAUUGGAGAAGGAAGAGUUAAUGCGAGCUUUGGCAGUUGAAUCCUCUCAAAGUUCCAAGCUGAAGGAUUUAAAUAAGGACCUGUCCCGAAAACUGGAGGUUCAGACUCAGAAGUUAGAGCUCUUGACUACCCAAAGUAUGGCAAGCGAGAACCUCCCAGCAAGACAAUCUGAUCCACAUACCAUGACAGAGAGCACAGUGUUCGUUGAUGAAGGGGAUGAGGUAGUAGAGAGGGUCUUGGGCUGGGUAAUGAAGCUGUUUCCUGGAGGGCCAUCAAAGCGCCGAACCAGCAAGCUACUUUGAUCAGUAUCUUGGGAAGUCCCAACAACCAAAAUUACAUGCCCCUCCAAAGCCCUCCUUCCACACCCCCCCUGCGGUGCAUUGGAGGACCAUCUGUAUAUUGUGAGCCAUUAAACUCUAUCCAUUCUUUUCAACAGAAGAAAGUGAGGGUUCUUUUUUCUUUACCCUUCCCAUAUUCUUUUUCCCUGUUUCCCAAUUUGUUGGAAGAGGCAUUUGUCAUUUAUUUGAUAGUAAAGAACAAGUCCCUUAUUGAUCUUAAGGAGAUGUGAGAAAGGAAAGAUAACUCUGUGAUCUCUCCCAAGUGGAUGCUGUGAUUGGUUAUUUCCUUUUCUUUUCUCUCAAAUUGUAGUAGGGAAGAUGAUAGAGGUCGACAAAGAAGAUUAGAAUAUACACUGUAAUUUGCAUUUGUGAGUUGUCUACUUAUUUUCAU